GGACUCAGAAACGAAUCGAGCGCGCCAAUGAUCGGACAGAUCCAUUAAAAAACCAAAAAAAUAUAGAGCUAACUCUAUAGCAAAAGCAAUCCAACUGUGAUAUCAAACGAACAUAAAUCCAAAGAUGUCUGCUUCUAAUAAGGUGAACCACUUGAUCGGUGCGACUACGCGUUAUAUUGCCGGACGGAAUGCCGUUCAGACGGUCUACUGGCGUACCUCUGCGGGACCCAAUCCCCGGAUGUUGAAGACCAACAAGCUGCAGAACUUUGAUCGCACCCAGAAGGCUCCCCAAAGUGUCAGGCUGCAGAAUCUGAAUCGCAGCUUCCUACGGGAUUGAUGGAUGGAAUAGAUUUUUAGUGCCGACCUUGACAUGUUCCUAAUGUCGCGUUAGACAUAUUUUUUUUUAUGGUGCACUUUGUAUUUAUUAUGUAGAGUAUUUCCUAAGGCGAUAAAUAUUAUCGUUCAAAUUAGAGUUAAUCGAAUCUAAACGAAGCAGGCGCUACGACUUUUCAUGUACCUUGGCAUUAUAAAAAAAAAAAAACAAAAAACAAAAUGAUUAAAUAAAUGCAUUCUGGCGCUUAGUUAAGAGAA